UUCCAGCUUUCAAACAUAAUCAAUCGAAAAGACAACCACCCAUUGCAGUUAAUACUAAACGCGCAUUCUACCAGGAGGUGGCGCGCAACAAUCCUCUCCCGAGAAAUCAUCCCGCAAACCAACUCCCACCAAAUACCAACUAUCAACCUACCACCACUACAACACCAUCACCACCACCACCAACCCUCCACCACAUACCACUAAAAUACUAAACAAUGGUUCGCCUCAAACACCGCUACAUCCUCCUCGACAUCCUCUACCCCGACCCCUCAACAUGGCCCGCAGCCACCUCUCGCACCAAGAACAAUAACAACAGCAACAACUCCCAAUCCAAAUCCAAAUCGCAAGCACAGCUACAAAUCCACUCGCCCACAUCCGACGCCCUAACACCCGGUCUCCUAGCAAAGAUGGUGCGAGAGGAAGUUUCCCUCAUGUUCGGCGAUUACGGCGUCGGUAGAUUAGGUGGUGCUGGCGCGGGGGGUAUUAGUGGUAUGUUUGUUUCCUUUUCCCCCGCCUUCAUCUUUGAUUUUGCUUUGUGAUUCCUGUCUGCUGGUGUGUGAUGAUGAGACUGAUGAUUUGGUUGGGUAUACAGUGAAAUAUCUCUCCCCGGCUACUUCCACGGCGAUUAUUC